AUGUCCGUCAUCCCAGAACAAUCCAACGUUACCAUCUUGAGUAAAAAUGAAAAGAAAGCCAGAGAAAUGAUCUCUAAAUUAGGCUUGAAGGCUCUACCAGGUAUUUCCAGAGUCACAUUCAGAAAGAAGGACAAUCAAAUUAUUGCCAUUGACCAACCAGAUGUCUACAGAACUGCUGGUGGUAACUUUGUUGUUUUUGGUGAAGCCAAGGUUGACAACUUCACUCAAAGAUUAGCAGCAGCUCAACAACAAGCUGAGACCACUGGUGUUGCUCCAGCAGAUUUUGCCGACAAAUCACCAGAGGACAUUCAGGCUGAUAUGCAAGCUGCUGCUAACAACGGACCUAGUGACUCCAAGAUUGAAGAAGCCGACGAGGAAAUUGACGCUGGCGACAUUCAAGCCGAAGACAUCGAACUAGUUGUUGAACAAGCUGGUGUUUCCAAAAAUGAAGCUAUCAAAGCAUUAAAGGCACAUAAAGGUGACAUCGUCAAUGCUAUCAUGGCCUUGUCAAAGUGA